AUGGAUAUUCCAAAACGAUACCUAUCAUUUUUCAUAUUGAUUAUCUUUGUAACUACAGAUCUAUCACAUGCCAAAACGGUAACAAUCAUCAAUGUUCUUGAUAAUACAUUGCAUUUUCAUUGUAAAUCAAAGGAUUAUGAUUUAGGUGACCGUAGUUUGCAACCUGGUGAGAUGUGGUCAUUUUAUUUUGAGCCUGGCUAUAAUAUCUUUUUAGAGAAUCUGUACUUCUGUUCUUUUGAUUUGCCAAAUGGAAGGCAUUGGUUCGACGUAUAUAAAGGCCGGCGAGAUGGUAGCCUUGGUCCAAUGGUGUGGAAGAUAACACCAACCGGACCUUGCUUGUAUCGGGAGUCUGAUGGACGUGCGAAGGAACAACUUUAUUGUUUUCCUUGGAAUAAGAAUUAG